GGGUGUGCUAUAUAGAGUUGAUUGCACUUACGUGUCGUAUACAGUUGUGUCGUUAUUACACGAUGAAUUGUUUAAGUUUGACGUUAAGAUUUUUAUAUUUUCUUUACAUGAACAAGGAGCAUCGGCACGAUCUGUUCUUGAUUUAAAUGCGUAACGUACGGAGAUGUCUAAAGUACGUGGACUUCAGCUUUCGAUGGGGCUCUGGUUUGACUUUCUGCUACGUAUCUUUCUGGCAGUGUUAUUCGUAGAGCUAGAAAAAGCAGAACCAUUUACUAGGAAAAUUCAUCAAGAUGAGCUUUGGCUGUACAAAAAUCCAAGAACAGAAUCUUUUGUUCCAACUACGAUAUUAUGGCCCCUUGUAUUUAUAAUGCCAGUUGCUGUAAUUUGUUUUUUUUUUAUAAUACAUAGAAAUAAAGUUGAUCUUCAACAAUCAACAUUAUCUGUAACAUUAGCCCUAGGGUUUAAUGGUCUUAUUACAGAUAUCUUAAAACUUGUAGUAGGACGUCCAAGACCAGAUUUCUUCUGGCGGUGUUUUCCAGAUGGACAAGUGAAUCCAACAUUCAAAUGUACUGGAGAUCCGGUUGUUAUUAGGGAUGGAAAGAAGUCAUUCCCAAGCGGACAUUCCUCGUUUGCGUUCGCAAGUUUUGGUUUCAUCGCCUUAUAUCUAGCCGGAAAACUUCAUGCAUUUAGUUUAGCGGGAAAAGGACAAUCGUGGAGAUUGUGUAUGUUUCUUCUGCCACUUUGCGUCGCUCUUGUUAUCGCGUUAAGCAGGACAUGUGAUUAUCACCAUCAUUGGCAAGACGUGAUGGUAGGGUCAGUAAUAGGCUAUUGCUUGACCUACAUCUGCUACAGACAUUAUUACCCUUCGUUAGAUUCGCCAUAUUGCGACAAACCGUAUGCUGCGCUUACGUUGCAAACUCAAUCAGACAUUAAAUCUAACAAGAAUGAACAAAUCAAGUGGAUAUAAAGGUGAAGACUAAUACUAUAAUUGCGCUACAUAUAACAUUUUAAACAGUAUUUAACAUUUUUGUUAAAAAAACAUUUUAGAUAUGUAUUUUGUGUACUUAUACCUACGAAUAAAUCUAUGAUUAAGGGA